AUGGGUACUUAUAUGGCUUCUUGUGUGGUGUUGGUGGUGGAGGAGAGUGGUACACUGGGUGUGGGUGUGGGUGUGGGUAAGUGUGAACUGCCGGCGGUGGUGGAGAGUGGUAGAUUGGGUGUGGGUGAGGGUAGGUGUGAACUGGUGGCGGUGGAGAGUGGUAGACUGGGUGUGGAUGAGGGUAGGUGUGAACUGGUGGAGGUGGAGGAGAAGAGUAAUGGUAUGGAUUCUUUGGUGGUGACAGGGAGGAAUAAGAAUAUUGGUUUGCUGAAAUUUCAGAUGGGAAACUCAAAAAGAGCAUAG